UAUCAUUCUUUGAUUGACUCAGUUCCUCAUCUUGUUUCUAGGAUCUUUAAAUUGGACGCUUUUGUAGAGAAGUCCAAACUCAAAAUUCUAACGAGAUGAGUGUAGAUAUUUGCUCUUUUGAAAACCCAUCCGCUGCUAUCGUCGCCCUUGCGGUGGGCGUUAACCACCACCCUCGUCAAUUUCCUCGAGGAGAUUUAAUGCUUCUCAGUCACACUCUGUUGACUUGACUGCCUCACCACCACCACCAGCAAAAACCUGCAAAACACUGAAACACCAGCAGCAGCAGCAGCAGAAGGGUGGAGAAAUGUUGGUGCCACUGCCACAAGCAGUUUGCCGGGCCUCCGUUCCACCCACCUCCCUCUCUUACCCUCCCAGACCAAAAGCAACUCUCCAUGGCCCACCUCCGACAACGUCCACCCCUAUGCUUCUCCCUCUAUCGUCACUGUUCGUUUCAAAAGCAAAAGCCUGUGCUUUCUGCCUCCUCUGUUCCCUCCUCUUUCCAUUCAAAUCUUCCUCUUACUGCGCUACCUACUCCCCACAACUCCUCCUUCUCCUUCUUCUUCCUUCCACUUGUUGCUCUCUCCCCCUCCUCAUGAAGACCCCUCGACCACCCUCCCCCUUCCGCUUGAAUUCCAACGCCGGCACCGGUUGUGUGUCUGCGUUCGUUCGUCGACUGUUGUGCGCGAGCCUCGGUGGCAAUGCGGCCGGUGACAGUGGUGCUGCGCAGAAGAAGACACAGCCGGUGAGUCCCUCCGUGGUGGCGCGGAUGAUGGGGCUCGAUUCGAUGCCAGUGUUCCCCUGCGCCUCUCCGGAGUCUGGGCGGUCACUUUGUGAAGCUCCUGUUUUCCUGAGGCAGGAGAACGAGAACUUCCUGGUUCUGAGCUUCGUUCCUGAGGAGAAAGUAGAGAGAAUUGGCAGGAAAUGUAAGCUAAAGAAGAGGAAAGAGGAAUUCUCCAGCGGAGUGGAGACCAGGAACAAUCGCAAGAAUUCUGUGCUUGGAAAGGAGAAUUCACCUGAGAAAGAGCACCGAAGUAGCAAACCUUGCGGAAUUGACGACUGUAACAGCACAAAGAGCAUGCCUUGCUGCUGCCAUCAAGAUCUUAGUCCUGUUUCAGUCCUCGACUAUCCUUUCCUCAUCCGCUACUCUAAUUCUCUCGAUUCAGAAGAGGAGAUAUCAGAGUUCCAGAACCCAAGGAGACUCUCGUCUAAGUUUGAGAACCUCAACUGCACAGCCUCAGAUUUUCUUCUCCACUCUAGCAGCAGAGAACCGCCCGCAACUCCUGAGACAACAAGCAAUUUCAAGCCUGUCGGUCAAGAUCACAGUCAAAAUUGGCUCAGGAUUAUCGAGCUCACAGAAGAGGAAGUGAAGAACAAAGUUUGGUGGUCGGAAGAGAACCGUGAGAUAGCAGCAGAAGUUGCAAAGAAGGUGCUCGAUCUACUUCUCGAGGAAACUGUCUCUGAAAUUUCCAAUUCAAUCAUCAGAUCAUGUUCAUAAGUGGUAUAUAGUUCUUCCUCACCAUUUGCAUGUAAUAUCAGACAUCUAUAAAUUAGAAAUUAAUAACGUAAG